AUGUUUUCCAAUUUUUCUUCGUCGCAAUCUCCUUUAAGGGCCAAGCGCCGGAAGGUCGGCCGGGCCUGUGACCAUUGCCGAGAAUCUCGCACUCGCUGUGAGGCGGUCACCCCAUGUCCGCAAUGUGUCGCCAACCACGUCACAUGUUUCCGGUCAAGUCUCCGGCGUCGACCGCCCAAGAGCCAGAAAAGACAAUCUUCGCCUGUCAUUGCUGAUUAUCAUGAAGAGGGAACAGGUCAGUCAGAGGGAUAUGCAGACAACGGCCUUAAUGGUGAAGCGGGCACUGCUCAGCAGGCACCACAAUCCAUCAGUCUGCCAUCAGCUCGCCAGACAGACUCGAUGCUUGGCUUUAUUUCCCGCAUCAACAACUUUUGUGCAGGAGUUUCGCAUCUCACAUCACCUACAUCUACUGAAGAGGAGCCUCCUCCAUACACUUCGCCUUUCCCCCCUGUUGGAUUGCAAGACCCUGCAGAUUGCAGCCUCACGGAGUCUCAAGUGAGCAGACUACUAUUGAUAUUCUGGACCCGUCUAUGGCCACAAGUACCGAUAGUUCGGCGCGAGGACCUGAGACUACAUCUAGAUUCACCGUCGCCGCUCCGAGAUGCGAUCAUUGCAUAUUGCAUGCAGUAUGUCUAUUAUUCGGGUCUGCAGUCCCGGAUCCUAGGUUUAAAUCUGCAGCAGUUCCAACGGGAUACAGAGAGUCAAGGCCUACCAUACUUUCAACGAUGUCUUCGAUCGGUGACCCAGUAUAACAAUUUUUCACAGCCCUCUGUCCUCACUCUGCAAUGCUAUUGCUUUUUGAUUAUAUAUCUUCUCGAUGCCAGCCAGCACUCUGCGGCGUACAACAUGAUUGGACUCGCUCUUCGAAUUGCGGAGUCUUUAAAGACUGAUGAAACAUUGUCUGGGACGACAUGCGAAGCACAGAAUUUGCGGCGAGUUUGGUGGACCUUGAACCAUCUAGACUUUCGCUGUUCCAGGCAUCUUGGCAAGCCAGUCAACGUUCGUUCAGGCUCGGCAUGUCCCCCACAAAUCAUAGGCCCCGAGAUUUUAUUAUACCACGCUGAGUCGAUGCGGUUGACGGCCGCGGCUUUGGCUAUCGUUCAGAAGUUUGACUGUCACACACAGAAUGAGUCUGUAGAAGCCUGUGCUCAUCUUCUUUCAGACGAACUGUACCAUUUGCGCCAGUGGGAAUCGGAACUGUCACUACACAUGCAGCUGCACGUUGGGGACACACCUGACGAUCCGGAUGAAGAGCCAGACGUCCAAGAGAGCUUUCUCACGCAGCCGCCCAUAGACAUUCUUUUGACAACGUUGCUGGAGCUCCAAUACCACAAUGUCAUUGUGACUCUCCACCGGGUUUUUAUCCAAUUUCCGAGUCAUCCACUUGUUCCCAAACGCAGUCCUCAAGGAGACAAGCAUAACGCUACUGCAUUGAAUCAUGCAUUGGCAAUGAUCAAGCUAGCCUAUCAGCGGAUGACCACCCAUGACAUUCUCCAUGGAACCCCUGAGAUCUAUCAGUAUAUAUGGAAUGCGGUAUUAACUCUUGUCGGGUUUAUGCUAGCGUAUCCAUACUGCUACAGGUGCCCACGGGCUCGAAGAUAUGCGCGGCUGGCUCUGACCAUCUUCGAUUCGGCCGGCGCUCACAACAGUUACGCUGUUCGCUCCGCGUCUCUGACGCGGCAUUUAUGUGCAAAGGUUGACCACUUGAUAAAGAUGUUGAAUGUAGAUCAAUCUGUGUCUGGGAGUGUGAAUCCUCUCCAAAUUCCAAUCCUGGAGGCCCUGGCAGCCGAAGAUACGCCUUGUCUUUCUAGUGGCUUGAUGCAGCCAGAUGAAGGGCAGAUUUUGCCUGAUGUUGACUUGAGCGCUAGUGCAGACACGCUGUGGUCAUGGGCAGACUUUAUGAACGUGACUGCUUGGCCAAAUUAUUGUGAUGAAGUCAGUGAAGCAUUCGCCGACCCGACGAAGUUAUCAUCCAUAUAG